AUGGAUCCGGACAUCAUGCAGCGGGGAGGAUCCAAACAAAGAGCUGCGAAACGUGCUGCACAAACUUCGGCAGCAGUUCCAGAACCCAGCCGAUUGGCGACCCACCUUCUGCGGUCAUUCGGCUGGGGGAAGAUGUCUUUGCCAGAAGUACAGGUGGUGGCUGCACUGGUGGAAGAAGAUGCAUUGGAGCCAGUGAAAGCCGAGAUUCGCAUACUUGCCAAUCUCGGCUCUCGGGGCCUAUAUCAGGGAAAUCUCCGGAGAGACCUAUUGAGGCACACUCAAAUGCCUGCUCUUGUGAGCAGCAACGUGUGUGUGCCCAUCAAGAAAGCUCUCCGGGCUGCGAUCCCGUUUUUGGACCCUGUUGACGUGUUUCGGAACGAUGGUGACAUAGCGAACUUUUGGCGAGAGGUCGGCUCCUCGCACCCUGCACUCCUGCACCAUCCCGUGAAGAAGAUCAAGAACUACCAAUCCAGAGCGGUACCGCUGAUCCUGCACGGCGAUGGAGUUCCGAUUGACAGCAAGGACAGGUCUUGUGCUUUUAUCUCUUGGAGAAGCCUGCUCUCCUCACAGACCUCUUCAAAGCUCGUCCAUGUGCUGAUAAGUGCUGUUUGGACUGAGCAGCUCGUGGUGUCUUCCUGUGGCAACACUGUGGCCAGCAUCUGGGGACACGUCGUUCGGGCCUUUGAACGAUGUUUCGAAGAAUGCAAGACGAACAAUGACUUGUUCCCGGUGCUCCUUUUUCUGACUGGUGACUUGGAAUGGUACAACACGAGUCACAACUUGCCACGGUGGAAUUCCAACUUCCAUUGCGGGCAUUGCAACAUCAGCAAAGACAAUAUGUUCGACUACAAAAACGUGGCGGAGGUUCCUGUGGAUCCAUGGCACUGCCCUCGCCGCAGCUGCUGCCCUCUCCUGCGACACCUUGUGAGCCCCAGGGGUGUGAUUCCGGACUGGAUGCACAGCAAGCACCUCGGCUUCGACCAGCGGCUGGACUACUGGCGGCAGCACAAGGGCAAUGGCAUCAACUACAUCACUCAGACCAUGGUCCUGGCUGACCCACAGGAUAUUCACUGCAGAAAGGGAUACCCUCGCUUGAAGGCCAAGGCAGCAGAAACUAAGGGCGUUAUUGCAGCUUUGGCGAGCAUCUGCCAACAGCACCUGCAACAGGACAACGAGGAGCACCAACAGAUUGCCCUGGCUUUGAGUUUCAGCCGCGAUUUGGACCAAAUGGCAGAUGGCAUCGAAGACUGGAAGCCCUCGAAAGAGGUGGCGGAUCGGAUGAUGCUCACGGCCGUUUGUCUCUUCCAGUGCAUGACGAUUUUGAAUAAGUCCUUUCUGGAGCAGGGCCAUCUGGCCUUCCAGUUGACAUUCAAGACACACUGGUUUCUGCAUGGGCUGCAGCUGGCGAGGCAUCUUUCCCCCAAGCUGACUUGGACAUACUCCGGCGAGGAUUAUAUGUCCAAAUGCAAGGGUCUCCUCAAGAUGUGUACCAAGAGCCGGACGAUGCUGACUUCGUUGGAUCGUUUCAUGCGGCAGUACACAGAUGCCAUGUCAAUCGAACUGGCAGAGAUCCUUGCACAGCCUGGACCGCCGCUCUGA